AUGCUAGCGCAGACAGAGGAAACCGCAGACACCGCACACCCCACUCCCAGCUGUCCUCUCCCUGCCUUAGGGCCCCCUCCUCCUUUGGAGUCCCCUUCUCUUGAGUCCCCCUCCCUGGGGGCCCCUCCUGCUGAGCCUUCCCCUCCCAGGGGGCCCUCUUCACAGUACCCAUCUAACGGGGCCCCCUCUUCUGUGGUCCCGCCAGUAACCUCUCCUAGGGCCCCCGUCCCCGUACCAGAAGACACAGAGGGCCCCCUCACUGCAACACUGGGGGCCCCUGAUCCUGUCGCCGCUGUAGAAGCUGCCCCUGCUGCUUCAGGCCCUAAUGGACCCUUUCCUGCUGCAGGCGUAGACAAGGGAGAGCAGGGCACUGCAGUCCCUCCUGCUUCAGGUGUCUCCUUUCCAGUGUCUCCUUCUAGUUGUCCCCCUCCUGCAUGCAAUCUGUCUCCUAACGUUGUCUUUGCCCUUGGGGAUCUACGAGUGUCUCUUCCUCGCUCUGUCUUACAGUCAGAUAGAGUUAAGAACUCUUUCUUAGCGCGUCUUGUAGAGGUCAGUGAAGCAGCUAAUGAGGGGGCCCCCAAUCCCCAGGGGCCCCCCCAAGGGCCCCCCCAAGGGCCCAACCAAAUGGGGCCACCAGAAGACCGGCAGCAGCAGCAGUUCCCUCACCUCCGUCCCCGUCGUGCUGCUUGUGGUGCUAUUGAGUUGCUGCCUAGGGAGGCUGAGGGGUUUGCUGCUUUAGUUAGUCAUCUAAAAGGAGACAGUCCCCUUCAUCUUAGUGGUCCUGCCUUCGUGCUGCAGUCCCUUGUACGUCUCCUUGCUGACAGUGCCUAUUGGUGUAUACCUUGUGGUCCUAUUUAUCUCCCUCUCUUCUUUUGGGGGCCCCAAGCAUGGGUUGAUGAAUUUAAUGCGGUGUACCCUAUUAACCCCUCGGAGAGUGGGGCCCUGGGGCCCCUCCCUUGGAGAGAAAGAAAAACUUCUUGUCUUAAGAGACUACGUCGCAUGGAGGGGCCCCCUGGCCCUUUGAAGCCUUAUGUGCAGCAGGUUGAUGAGGCAGCAGCAGCAGCAGCAGCAGCAGCAAAGACUGCCUCUGUUGCUUCAAUUAAUGGGGCCCCUAAAAAGGGGCCCCUGGGGGGCCCCGGUACCCGAAGGAACCCAACAAGACAUCGAAGGGAUAACCCUACUGACACCUUUGGUUGGCAGCAGCACCUAAAAAGAUGGCAAGAAGAAGAGCAUGGGGGCCCCCCUGUGUCUGACCUAGACCCUACUGCCUUUCUUAAGGGGGCCCAGGCAGGGGCAACAGCAGCAUUUAAUGCUGCUGCUGCUGCUGCUGCAUCAGCUGCUGCUGCUGCUGCUGCAUCCACCAGCUGGAUGGCAGCAGCAGGGCGCAUCAGCUUUUUUAAGACCCCACCAAAGGUACAGAUUAGCCCCACAUACAACUUAGCCCCUAAGUCACCAGCUGCCUAUACACCCCAAGAUGCAGCAACGUCCGCCUUUGCUGCACCUGCUGCAGCACCAGCACCAAGCCUUGAGCGCAGUGGCUCAAGACUGCGACCGCCUCAGCUACACCAGUCCAACCUGCACGAACAGCAGCAGCAGCAGCAGCAGCAGCAGGCUUCCUCGUCUUCACCGCGUUCAUAUGGGGUAAGUGCACUGCAGCGCCUCCGUGAGGCCUUAGGGGCCCCCCUGGGGGCCCCAUCCAGUCCUGCUACUGGUUCGCAAGAUUCUUCUGGUAUCGGCGCUGAGGCAGUACCCGAGUCUAUGGUGGGUACAGGUGGGGCCCCCCAUGAGGGGGGCCCCUCUGAAGAGGGGGCCCCUGAAGAAGAGGGUUCGUUAGAUUUAGAAGAGUUAAGAGAAGUUGAAUACUUUAGUUGUCCUCCCUUUCAUUUAGCAUUAGAAAGGAGACAGUUAAAAUUAUUAUUAGCUGUAGAUGGUUGUAUGUAUCCUCAUGUACAAUAUGAUGAGGAAUUUGCUACUUUGCUGCUGCAGCAACCCUUAGCCUUUCGUGUUGAUGAGCUACAGUGGCUGCUGCUGCUUAAUGAAUAUGCAUACCUAGAGGUACACCUUAGUAGUAUACCAUGGACAUCUGUACAAUUAGAAAAAAGAAAGAAUUCCUUUAUUAAUAGAUGGUACUCAAGUGAAUCAGAAGGAGAAGAAGGUGAAGAACAAGAAGAAGAACAAGAAGAACAAGAAGGAAAAGGGGAAACAGGAAAAGAAAAAGAAAAAGAAAAUGAAGGAAACGAAGAAAAGGAAGAAAAAGGAAAAGAAAGAAAAGAAGGAAAAGAAGGAACCUCGCAGACAGCACAGGGUACAUUUUUAUCCUUGGGGAAUAUUUGCAUUAUUUAA